AUGAAAAUCCUUGGGCUCAUCACGCUGUUGGCGAGCGGAUGUCAUGCUGCCGCGAGUAACUCCGUCCAUUUCCAUGGUCAACGUGUUGCCAUUGGGCAAAGCCCCGAGAUCUCGGAUACCGCAUGCUGCAAUUUUACAUUGACGCCGGAUACGCCUUGUGCAACUCUAGACUACGCCGCAGAUGUGGCUGGCUACCCGACAUUUGAAAUUUCCUAUCUUUCUGGUCCUGCACAGAUCGAGGUCAAAUACAGCGAGCAAUUUACAGGACUACUUGAACCUUUCAGCGACGGUCCCAGCUUGUUUGUAUCCAGCCUGGCCAACUCCUUCCGCGUGGAAACCUUCAAUAUCACCCGACCUGGUCAAUUCAGCUCCUAUCUGAUACAGGGGGGACAAAGAUGGCAGAGUAUCCGUCUGCUCACCCAGAGCACGGUGAAAUUUCACUCGGUGUCCUUCAAAUCUACUGUCGGUGAAGUGGAUGUAGCGACUCUGCCCGGCAGCUUCCACUCGUCUAACGAGGAUUUCAACGACAUUUGGUCUCUAGGCGCUCGUGCAGUCUCAUUGGCAUGCGUUGAUGCAGGAUCGCAGACGUCGACAUGGAAGAUAUCUCGCCAAGGAGCCCUGGUGUCCAGCAGUGUCCCCAGCUACUCUUCCUCGACUUACAACUUCACUGAAUACGACUUGGAAUUCGAAGCAAAGAUAUCUCGGGGAGGCCUUCUUUGGUCAAUCGGAUCCAAUUUUGGCAUUCGUUCUCGAGGGGGAGUCCUCUUUAAUUUGGUCAGCAAUUAUCCGGCAGAAUCGACAUUCCUCAAUGCAAACAAGACACUUUUUCCACCUUCUACCAUCAGUAUUGCGCAUGGUGUGAGCUUUGUCAAUCAGACUACCCUGUCAUCUUACUCUUUAGGCACAUUUCCAGUCCCCUUCGACGUGCAAGAAGGCGUGUGGUACCACAUUUCCACUUGUGUCCGAUCAGGACAUUUGGCCGUCAGUUUGAAUCAGACUCAAAUAUUUAAUGUUUCUUUGUCCGACUACUACGCUGGCGGAGGGACAAUCUCAACCUCUGGCGCCUUCGGUUUUGGUGCAUGGCAAGAUCAAUUUGCCCAUGUUCGCCAGGUCACUGCGCGCGACACAAAUGGCAAACUCAUUUAUCACAAUUCCAUGACAGACGCCACGAAAGUCCUACCAGAAUACGGUGUGCAUGGAAAUUACUUUCCGACUUGUGUGGACGGCGCAAAACGCGAUCGACUGGUUUGGCUCGGAGACUUUGUGCAUACUGCCAGGAUCAUCGGAGUGACAACCUACCGCAACGACCAUGUCACUGGUACUUUCCUGCAGCUUCUCAGCUACCAACUACCCACUGGUCAACUUCCCAUGGCACCAUCCCUUGGUUACUCACCGGACAUUGAGUCGAAAACUUUUGCGGUCAGCGGUAUCGCAUACCUUCUGCCAGACUAUCAUAUCCUCGCCCUGAUCUCGUUCGUGUCUUACAUGGAAUACUCCAACGAUAUAGCCUUUGCCCACAAGCAUUGGAGCUCAUGGAAAUUAGCGGUUAACUGGCUUGGCUCAUACCAGAAUAAUCCCACAGGUCUGAUUGACUUCGCUAUGUUUGGUACUGCUUUCCUAGGUCCAACUAGUGGUUCGGCCGUAAAUGCUGCUGCCGUGGAGGCAUUCAGUGGCAUGGCAUCUGUUGCUGCGGCCGUUGGCGACCGAAAUUCAGCUAAGAAAUGGAAUUCCCUUGCUAAAUCCGUGAAGGCUGCUCUGAACAAUGUGCUGUGGAGUGAGAAAUAUGGAUUCUACUCCCUGGAGCAGGCUGAUCCCGGAAAUUUCUCAAUUGCUGCGCUUGGAUUUGCCAUCUCAUCCGGCACUACGAACCGAACUCAAGCCCACCGUGCCUUGUCCCAUUUGCCAAGUCUUAAGUUAGGGCCCGGGUAUCGUGAUUCGAGCAAGGUUGCCUCGUCUGAUUCUACCGCGAAUCUCUCGCCAAACACAAACGGGUUCCUUUUGUCAGCUCUUCUAGAACAAAAGCAAGCAGCUCCUGCGGCAUUCUUACUUAAGAACCUGUGGGGCGCAAUGAUCAGAAACGAGUCGACCAACUCAGGUGCCAGCUGGGAGUAUGUCAAUCAGAAUUCCGAGCCUGGCCUGGGACAAUACACCUCCCUCAGUCACCCCUGGGGCGGCGCGGCGACAUAUGCGCUCACCAACUACGUGGCAGGUAUUCGGCCGACGAGCUUUGGGUAUCGAACCUGGGUUAUAGAGCCUGCUUACGCCGGACUGGGAUUGGAUUAUGUGAAUGCCACAGUUCCGACUCCACAUGGUGCUCUGAGUGUUGCGUGGACGGUGAAAGACUCGGUGGUUAGCGCUGAAAUUCGGGCACCUGUCAAUACGAUCGGGCAUUUUUUUUUGAGUAAGGAGUGGGCGUGUGCGGGGGAUUCCGUGUCUUUUGAUUGUGAAAAGGUCCAUGACUUUGUGUAUGACAUCGCCGGAGGAGAAGAGGUGCAUCAUAUCAAGCAUCAUGUGGGAGGAUAA